AUGGAUUUUGUCGCGGUCGAGCGAUUUGGUCGGCCAAAUUCGUUUGGCCGAGAGAAUUCGGCCGAGGCCGAGCGUAUGUUUCCCGGAUCGACCGGCACGGUCGGUCCGUUCCGAUACGAAAAUUUCGGCCGAUCGCGGCCUAUCUUUCCCGGUUCGUGUGUGCGCGCGAACGGUUUCUGUCGCGCAAUGAGUGAAUCCGGCCGAGCACGGCUUAUUCCUUCCCGGCUCGACCGUAACGGUCGGCCAGAUGAGAAUUGCUCGGCCAAAAUCCUUUGCGCGUCCGCGGCCAAUAGACUAACGGUGAAGUUUUUCCUACUUGUGGAUGUGUUUGCGUUCGGCCUAAUCUACGUCCUCACGUACUUUCUGUUUCAUGGCAACAAACGUCUUCAAGUCCUUGGAUACAUUUGCAUGGUCUUUGCUCUAUCUGUUUUCGUUGCACCCCUUGGCAUCAUUAGGAAAGUGAUUAAAACGAAGAGUGCAGAGUUUAUGCCGUUCGGUCUCUCCUUCUUCCUCACCUUAUCGGCUGUCAUGUGGUUCUUCUACGGUCUUCUCACGAAAGACCUCAACGUAGCCCUGCCAAAUGUUUUGGGUUUCAUCUUUGGAGUGCUUCAAAUGAUACUUUACUUGAUCUACAAGAAACCUGGGACGAAAGUUUUGGAGCCUCCAGGGAUAAAGCUCCAGGACAUAACUGAGCAUGUUGUCGAUGUCGUGAGGCUUAGUACGAUGGUUUGCUCCUCACAGAUGAGAACUUUGGUGCCACAGGACAGUGCCGACAUGGAAGCGACCAUUGCCCUUGAUGAGAAGAUCAAGGGAGACAUUGAGAAAAUUAAGGAGGAGAAAGAAGUCUUUCUUAUUAAUAAGAAUUAA